AUGAUCGAUACUACAAUUGCGGUGGAAACAUUUCUCUGGACGACUAGCAUCGUAAUUUUUGUUGGCUUUAUCCUGUACACAACGCUUUGGCUAGGACGUCAAUCAACCCUUGCUGUCAAGGGUGUGAGGCUGCCACCAGGACCAAAUCCAAGGUUAAUAACGGGAAAUUUACAGCAGCUACCGAAGUCCGAUCAUUGGCUUGAGUUCACUUCUUGGGCGAAAACCUAUGGCCCAGUCACUUAUUUCCGAGUGUUCCACAGUAAAACAAUCAUUCUUAACUCACUCAAAGCAGCAGCGGAUCUCCUAGACUCCCGCUCAUCCAUCUACUCAGAUAGGCCAAUCAUGUGGAUGGCUGGUGAACUGGCUGGUCAGAAAUCGAUGAUUUUCAUGACCCGAUUCUCGAAUCCCUCCUUCAAGUCUUUGAGACGACUUCUACAGGACGGUCUCAAUGCACGGGCUUCUAGGACUUAUCGACCUAUUCAGAUGCGGGAGGUGCAGGUGCUUCUUCAAGGUCUGAUGGAUUACCCUGAGGCAUUUUUCACUCAUAUAAGAAGGAAUGCAGUAGCUGUAAUCCUGAAAGUCGCGUAUGGAUACCAGGUUGAAUCGAACGGUGAUGAAUUUGUUGGAGCAGUUGAUCAAGGCCUGAAAAGGAACGCGGAAUUGAAUGCCCCGGGAAAAUACUGGGUCGAAUUCUUCCCUUUUUGCAAAUUUGUGCCGGCCUGGAUGCCUGGUGCAGGAUUCAAAAAGGUUGCGCACGAGACUGGAAAAAGUUGGGCACAAGUCAACCAGGCCCCGUUCGAGUGGUCCAGAAAACAAAUAGCUACAGGCGACUUUGUAGAGUCUUUUACCUCACGCCACCUCCUUUCGGAUGUGGGAAAUGAUGAAGGUCAGGCCUACGACAAUGUUAAAUGGGCGGCGGCAUCUCUCUAUGUUGGUGGAGCAGAUACAACCGUUUCUGCUUUGACGAGCUUUUUCCUUGCCAUGAUGAUGCAUCCAGAAGUACAGAAGAAAGCUCAGGCUGAUAUCGAUAAAAUUGCUCCUAAUCGACUCCCAACAUUUGAUGACUAUGACGCGCUUCCAUACAUCCGAGCGAUUAUCAAAGAGGUCUUGCGUUGGGCGCCCGUUGUUCCAUUAGGUCUAUUCCACCGGGUAAUGGAAGAUGACAUCUAUGAAGAGUAUUUCAUUCCAAAAGGCAGUAAAAUCAUCGCGAAUGUGUGGGCUAUGGCACACGACAAAGAAAUGUAUCCUGAUCCUUCCCGAUUCGAUCCUUCCCGCCAUUUAGGCAAUUCACCCCAACAAGACCCUACGAAGUUCGCAUUUGGUUUUGGAAGAAGAGUUUGUCCAGGUGCCCACUUCGCAGAGAUGUCACUAUUUUUCAGUAUAUCCAGCAUCUUAGCCGUUUUCGAUAUUUCGAAACCUCUUGACAGUAACGGAUUGCCAGAAGAGCCUGUCAUAGCUUGGUCCACUGGUGUUAUAAGACACUUGAAGCCAUUCCGCUGCCAUAUUAAACCGCGCUCACAGGAGCAUGUUGCCUACUUGGGUUGA